CCCUAUCUUCUCUGCAAUGAAAAUGGAACUCCGAAGAACCUCGAACGCGGUUCUCAUCACCACGGUGAUCUCCGUAUUCCUCCUCCUUCUGGUCCACCGCUUUGACUUCUUCAAUCUUCUCGACCUCAAUCCCAGGGAGUACUCUAAGGAAGAUCUAUUGGAGGUGAAGGUGAAGACAUUGACAUCUUUAACGACACAACUUCCUUAUCCAUACUAUUCUCUUCCUUAUUGUCUCCCACCAAAUUUAGUGAACAGUACAGUGAAUCUUGGGGAAAUUCUUCAUGGUGAUCCUAUCCAAAACUCCCCAUAUUUGUUUAGAAUGCGAGAACCACAGACGUGCAAUGUUGUUUGCCGGCUUACACUUGAUGCCAAAACAGCCAAGGAGUUUAAAGAGAAGGUUGAAAAUGACUAUCGAGUCAAUAUGAUCCUUGAUAACCUUCCUCUACUUGUCCCAAUACACAUUUCAAUUUGGGAACCUGUGUUUUAUCGACUUGGCUUUCAUGUUGGGUUGAAAGGCUCAUAUGAUGGGGGCAAGGAGAAAAAGUAUUUCAUUUACAACCAUUUGGCGUUUACUGUCAAAUAUCAUAAAGAUCUACAAACUGACUUAUCAAUGAUUGUCGGAUUUGAGGUUAAACCAUUCAGUGUUCAGCAUGAAUAUGAAGGGAUAUGGAAUGAGAAGACACUUUUGAAGACAUGUGAUCCCAAUGCAAAGCAAACGGUUAUGAAUUCCAACUCUCUCCAAGAAGUCGAAGAGAAAAAGGAAAUUAUAUUUACCUAUGACGUUGAAUUCCAGGAGUCUGAUACAAAGUGGACAUCAAGAUGGGAUGUCUAUGUGCAUAGGGAUAACCAACUCCACUGGUUUUCAGUUAUCAGCUCUCUGACUAUUGUUCUGUUCCUUUCUGGCAUGAUAGCAAUGAUUAUACUGCGGACAGUUUAUACUGAUGUUUCUAAAUAUAAUGAACUUGAGAACAAAGAUAAAGAUGAAGAGACUGGAUGGAAGGUUGUUCAUAGGGAUGUCUUCUGGCCUCCGUCUAAUCCUGAUAUAUUCUGUGUUUGUGUGGGAAGUGGUGUCCAGUUGUUAGGAACCAUUCCUGUUACUCUGAUGCUUGCUAUUCUUGGAAUCUUUUCCCCUUCAAACCGAGGUGGUCUUAGGACAACGAUGCUCUUGAUUUGGGUCUCCAUGGGCUACUUUGCUGGCUAUGCCUCUACUCGUCUACACAAAAUAUUUGGAGGAUCAGAAUGGAAGAAAAUUGCUCUGUGGACUGCCUUAGUGUUCCCAUCUAUUAUUCUUACCAUUUUCUUUGGCUUGAAUAUGUUCAUGCUGAGUCAGACUUCACCUGUGGCCAUGCUAGGUGGAACAAUGAAUGUUCUGGUCUUCCUGUGGUUGGGAAUUUCAGUCCCACUGGCAUUUAUUGGAGGCUAUUUUGGUUUCAAGAAGCCAGCAAUUGAGGAUCCUGUAGUAACGAAAAAGGUUCCAAGGCAGAUCCCAGAGCAAUCUUGGUAUGUAAACUCAUUUUUAUUAAUUCUGGUUGGAGGAGUAUUCCCAUUUGUAAUCAUUUUCGUGGAAUUCUUCUACGCACUCAUCUCCACCUGGUUCCAUGAGUUCUAUUCCAUCUCCGCCUUCCACAUCUUGGUCUUCAUUGUUUUCUUCAUCACCUGUGCUGAGGUGACCAUUGUGCUUUGCUAUGUCAAGUUACGCAGUGAGGACUACCUUUGGUGGUGGAGGUCAUACUUUACAUCAGGGGCCUCGGCUUUGUACCUCUUCCUCUAUGCCACAUUCUUCUUCUUCACAAAGUUUGGGUCCACGAGUAUGAUUACUGGGAUUAGGAUACUGUACUUUGGAUACAUGUUGAUUGCUUCGCUCACAUUCUUUGUGCUCUCUGGUACCAUUGGAUUUUAUGCAUGCUUUUGGUUCACAAGGCUCAUCUAUUCAUCUCCUAAGAUUGAUUAAUUGAUACUGAUCAUAUCACCGUACUGGGUAUUUGACAUAUCAAAGUAGCUCUGAGCUUGUUUUUUUAUGUUUCAAUGAAUAAUACCCAUCUAA